CCACAUGAAAUUAAACAAAAAAAAAGUUGCGUUCCAUUAGGUAAAUUUUCAGCACGUAUUCUCUUAUGUAUUUUUUACUAAACUAAAUUAAAAUUAAGAUCUUGCGUUCGUAAAAAAAGAAAUUGUCUUUUUCCAUCAUUUAGUUUCAUUAACUUGAUUGAUAAAUUCAAUUCUACAGACAAUGUCGGAUAAAGACUUUCUACAAGAAAUCAGAGAAGAAAUCAAGUGCAGUACAUCGAAAAUGUUACAACAGAAUGAACCUUUACCGCACAUGAAACCCUUGAAGGAUGACCAGUGGCUGGAUGCUGACUCACCGAACGCUAACGAUCCAACGGAAGUAGAUCCGGGUUUUGAAUUUGUCGAUCUGGUUCCAUCGGAUGCGAAGGUUUCCGUUGACAAGGGAAAAGAUGGAAAGAAGAAUAAUAAGAAGCAGCAAAAAGCGGAAGCAGCUAGCGGAAAGCCUUUCGACAAGUCGAUUAAUCCUAACGGACAGAACACACCUCUGAGUUCGGAAGCCCUCAAAAAAGAAAUUUCAAGUCAAAUUGAAAAAGUGAAGGAAAAGUUGAAGGUUAAGAAAAAGGUAUGCUGCGCUAUUGAUGGAAUUAAAGAUGACUCCAAAGCUGAUGAAGAUACAGCAGAUAAUGAUGACGAUGAGAGCAUUCAAUCAGCUCAAAAAGACACAAAAACAAGUUCCAAAGCAAAGAAAGAUGCUAAACAGGAUGCGAUGGAACAGAAGCAUUAUGAUGAGAAGGCUGCUGCCAUGAAGGACAGAAUUAAGGAGAUACAGAGCAAAAUUAAUGCAUUGCACUUGGCUGCUGAUAAUUCUGGUAAGAAUGUCAAGCCGCCGUCAGUUAAGAAUAAGAAAGAAAAUAAGACGGAUGUCGGGUCCUCCUUGAAAAAAGCAGACAGCUCAUCUACACUUUCGAGUGUUUCUAAAGCGACUGAACAAAGUGGUAAGUCUGCCCAUAGCAUGCGAAUGCCACCCACAGGUGCUGGGUCAUCUCGGAAUCAACCGCUGCCCGCACAUCUUAUAAAACCGGACAACUUGCUUCUGCUGACGUUGAUCACGCUCGAUCCCAAGCAGCGGGAUGAUUAUAUCAUAAAAGUAGCCAAGGAGCGUGCUUUGCUAGUGCCGGCGAAGAAAUCGUCCAAGAAAACCGGAGCGGUUCAAGUGAGCCCCAAGUUGAAUGGUUUGGCCACUGAGUUAAAACGGGCAGCGUUGGUACACUGUUACGGUCCGCAAAUGAGUAUGGUCAAUAUUGGCGACAUCAGCCGGCCGUUUCUAACGGUACAGAGUGUAGAGAAGGUGCAGGAAGUUAAAAAGGUGUGGGAACUGCGCACAUUCGAGGAAGAAGUAACAUAUUUGUUGAAUAACGGCAAAACUACCGAGAAGAAAGAUUACAAGAAGGAACUUACUCUGGAAAACGUCUCCCAGGCUGAGAAAAAUAGUUUCCUCACGGAGCAGAAUAUUGCCGCCCUAGCCGAGCUGGUGGAGCGCCUAGUCAAAGAUGGCAUUGGCUACAUUGUGGAGGGUGUAAUUCGAAUCAACCAGAACAACAACUUCCAGGCUUUCGUUGACGAUAACACUCGGGAUGCGAAUGUGUUCAUAAAUUCGGUAAUGUUGCGAAAAUGUGCAAUGGAUGGAGAUUACGUCAAGGUAUUUGUGAAGCAUGGAGAUUUAGAAAAAGCAAAUAAAUCUCCACCCAGUGGUUCGGAUGAUAAAAACGAGUCGACGGAUGAUGGAGCAGAACGUCAGCAAAACAACAAAGGAUUCGUGAUUGAAAUCUUGGAGAAGCGGCACAGUCGAAUGUGCGUGGGAAUGUUCCUACCAUUGAAGGAAAAAUUAGCACAAUCGCCAUACUUGAAAUUUUCUCCACGCGAUUCUCGUAUUCCGACCAUGAGAGUCUACAGGCAAAAUUGGCCCGAGGCCGUUUUCAAGAAUGAUUUUAAUGAAAUAGAGUCGGUUAUCUACCAAGCGGAAAUCAUCGAAUGGUAUAACGAUAUUCCAAACGCGAAUAUUUUGAAGUCUAUUGGUAAAAGUGGAGAAUUAGAAGUAGAAAGCCAGGCAAUUCUGGUAGAGUACGAUCUGGACGUUUCCCCAUACUCGGAAGAAAUUUUGAAUAGCUUGCCUGGAUCGGAGUUCCAGAUACCAGCCGAGGAGCUUGCUAAACGAGAGGAUCUUAGAGACGAAUGCGUGUUCACUAUCGAUCCCCUAACUGCGAGGGAUUUAGACGAUGCACUAAGUUGCAAGUUACUGAAGAAUGGCAAUUACGAAAUUGGCGUACAUAUUUCUGACGUGUCCUACUUCCUAAGGGAAGCUUCCGAGCUGGACGAAUUGGUUAAACUACGAGCCACUUCGAUCUACAUGGUAGAUGGUGUUUACCACAUGCUACCCAAACCUUUGUGCUUUCUUUGCUCAUUGCUACCAGGCGAAGAUAAGCUAGCGUUCUCCGUUUUCUGGGAAAUAACUCCAAACGCGAAGGUGCUCAAAACGCGAUUUGCCAAAACCGUUAUCAAUUCCUGUACCCAGCUGGCAUACGAACAUGCUCAAAUAAUGCUGGACAAACCAAAUGAAGAUCUAAAUCCAGAAGAUUUUCCACAAAUACUGCACGACUACUCCCCAAACUACCUCAGUCGUAUAGUUAAUCAGCUGCAAACAAUAGCCGUGCAGUUUAGAGCACGUCGCAUGGAGAACGGAAACUUGAAGAUCAAUCAACCGAAGCUAUCUUUUUCGUUGGAUGCCAAAUCUGGCAAACCCACCGACUACGCAAUUUAUGAGCUGCGCACCGCCAAUCAAAUGAUUGAGGACUUCAUGCUACUCGCAAACUCGUCGGUAGCGGAGUUCACAUAUUCCAAAUUCGACACCACGUCAAUCCUGCGGAGCCACUUCGCACCACAGGACUACCAAUUGAAGCACCUGGCGACGCAGCUUGCCAAACACGGCCAUAGUCUGCGGAUCGAUUCGUCCAAAGCAAUUGCCGAAUCCAUCGAGUCCAUAGUCGAAGCCGCUCCCGAUCCGCUUGCAGCCCGUUCCGUGCUGAACAUCAUGAUCGCCAAACCCAUGACUCGGGCACGCUAUUUCUGCUCGGCAUUUGCCUCAGCUCCCGAAGAAUUCCACCAUUAUGCUCUGGCCAUUCCAAUGUACACGCACUUCACCAGUCCCAUCCGACGGUACGCCGACUGUAUGGUGCACCGCGUACUCGCAGCCGCACUAGAAGUCGAUGAACCACCCACCCGAACGCCAGACGACCUCAGCAAACUGACCGGCAUCUGCAACGUCAAAAAGUACAACGCUAAACUUGCCGGCGAGGCUAGUUCGCUGCUCUAUUUCAAACAUUAUCUGAAACAAAACCAUUCCCUGGAUGCCGAGGCGGCCGUAAUGGACAUUGGUAGUCAGCAAAUUGAACUGGUGCUAAUCGUGACAGGACAAGUCAUUAAAACAGGCUACAAGCAACUUUCCAAGUCUGUCGAGUUCAAAACGGUGGAAACCAAACCCAUCCGUCACUGUAUGCUGAUUUCCAAGGAGAAAAAGUUUCCUCCCACAUCGCUGAUGCUAUUCUCCAAGGUUCGGGUAACGGUCGUCGUGAUGAAGGAUGCUCUCGUCAUUCGUAACAUUUUUCCUAGCUCGAUGUCCGUGCCCUCGGGACAGAAUGCGACGGAUGCGACUGCUGCGGUAACUUCGACACCAGCGUCCACGUCCGCUGGCUCCGACGACGUUGAGCUAAAUUCUAGCAAAACAACGCAAUCGAGUGGAUCAUAAAAUGGGAAAGGAAAGUGUGCACCACUUCCACGUUACCACGCAAAAAGGUGACUGACUGAUGUAAGUAAAUAUACGAUGCUUAGUUCCUUUCCAUGCUUCUACACAGAACUUAUGUUUCUGCGUGCAUUUUUGUUGUUUUUUUUGCUAGUUUAAUUUUUACAAUCUUACAAUCACUUUCAAUUUCAUAUUUUAUUUGCUUAACCGAUUUUUCUUGGAAACAAUAUGAUUGUUUAUACAUAUGAGAUAUCAGUUUUUCUUAUUUGGUAAAAUAAACUGUUCAACGUAGAAUAAACAGAAGUUUGACGAAAGAAAGCCACUCGUUUUUUUCUUUCAAUUAAUUCUAUCCGACGGACAUUACUCUGAUUGACUUUAGAACUACAUUCAAAACAAUAAAAAAUUGCAUACAGCGCAAAUCGCAGAACUUAUA